UGAAGACAUUCUGACAAGAAUAUUAAUUCAUUUACAGUCGUGUCAGAACAGUCAUGGGCUGGAAACAGGUAGCGAAUAAAAAAAGACAAGACCGCGACGGUGCUAUCGCUCGCUUUAGGUCGGACGACACCGACACGUUGAAUGAGUACACGCGGGCUAAUGGUGCUCAGAUAGUGGAACAUAUAAAAAAUCGCGAUACUGGCUGGACUGCUGAAAACGUGUUGCGCGCCUAUAUUCGUCGCGCGAUUGUCGCGCAUGAAGAAACAAAUUGCAUCACUGAAGUCAUGUUCGUGCUAGCAAUUGAGGAGGCUCGGCGGCUCGACGAGGAAUUCGCCAACACUGGCGUCCUCCGCGGACCUCUUCACGGCGUCCCUAUAAGCCUUAAGGACUUGUAUCACGUUCAAGGCGUAGACUCGACGAUUGGAUUCACGAGAUGGGCAUACAAACCUCGAUCUGAGGAUGGGGAUCUCGUUGCGGUUGUCCGCGAGGCGGGCGGGAUCCCGUUCCUGAAGACAAACGUCCCACAAACACUGCUAUCUUUUGAAUGUGUGAAUCCACUCUGGGGUCGCACGAGCCAUCCUCUUAAAACGACGGAUGGAAAGCAUGCGUUCACUUGUGGUGGCAGCAGCGGUGGCGAAGUAGCUCUUUUAGCACUUGAUGGUUCUCCUCUGGGAUUCGCUUCCGAUGUUGGCGGUUCUCUGCGCAUCCCGACGCAUUUCUCUGGAGUAUACUCCAUCAAACCUACGCCGGGAAGGAUCACCCAUCACGGCGUUGCAGAUCCUUAUCCAGGAUUCGAGGCUAUACCUGUUUGCUUCGGACCAAUGGGCAGGUCCGUUGCAGAUAUUAAGCUGAGCUGCGAAGCGCUUUUUGGGAAAAGUCGUGCCAGGGUGCCUCUACCUUUCCGGAAGGAACUGAACCUACUUCCUCACGGCAAGAAAUUGAGAAUUGGUUAUUAUCUCUCAGACGGGAUUGUCAAAGCCUCUCCAUCUUGUCAACGUGCCGUCAUCCAAACUGUCAAAGCUCUCAGAGCUGCCGGACACGAAUGUGUGUUAUUCGGGCCUCCCAAUGUGCUCGAGGCAAUGAGGAUCUUCAUUGCCUUGACCGCAGCCGAUGGCUACAAGACACUGACUUCACAUAUUGGCCCAGACCCCCCAGAGCCGUCCUUGUUCCUCGUGACGCUGGGUCCCAAGUUGCCCAAGUUCUUGAGAGAAUUGGCUGCUUUCGUCGCAGAGAAAGGGAUGAAAGACCCUCUAUUCGCUCAUUGUUUGCGAAAUUCCCGGCGUAGAUCGGUUCGCCAAUUCAUGGAAGCUGCUGCUGAGAUGCAAGCUUACAAUGACAUGUGGAACAAGAAUGUGUGGGAGGCCCAUGGGUUCGAUGCCAUUAUUGCUCCUGCAUUUGCAGUUCCAGCUCUUCCUCAUGGUAUGACAAAGACCCUCAGCCCGCUGGCUGUUGCAACGUUCCUCUACAACGUUGUCGAAAGUGCAGUUGGAGUGAUUCCUGUGACCCGGGUAGAUCCCCAGCUCGACCAGUUGACGGAGGAGUGGGAGGGACCUUUCAAGCCAAAAUCUCGAAAGUCUAAAUCUGCAACUCCAGCUGAAAGUGCAACGGCAACCUCCACGGGAACUGAAAACGUUCCCGCCAAUGCUGAAAGAGAAUUCCCUCAUGAUAGUGGUCCUCACGGCUCGAAAAUGAUAGAGGCCGGUGUUUAUUAUGGAUCUAUGGGUGAGCCGAAGGCCUAUAGGCCAGAUGAGAUGGAAGGGCUCCCAAUCGGGAUACAAAUUAUCGGGCGGCCAUUUGACGACGAGAAAAUUAUUGCUUUGAUGUCUCUUAUCGAUGGUCUAUUGGGAGAACGAGGCUUCGGGCCAGGAUCGUCUUCGAAAUACGCGUGAGAUCCGCCACAUGGGUCCAUUAAGGCCCACCUUCCACUCAAUGGCUAGUAAUUGUCAAUAUUUCGUGGCACUUGACGCUGUGAUGCAGGUUGUAGUAUCCCAUAUUCUACCAGUCAUAUACCACUGAAUUUAUUCUGUGUGAGUGAAGUGCCGCGGAGGAAUGUUAAGCCGCACAGGGCCAAAUCGGCGCCCGCGAAGAGCAUUCCCCGAAAUACAUAGGAAUUGCCGGCCGCACUGGACUGCCGAUCGUG